GUCGUGCAUGUGGAUGUUGGACGGUAUUAAAAGCUCAUUCCUUGCCUUUCCCACUCCUCGCAUCACCACACUCACCUAAACCAUCACAAUUCCACCGCAACCGAAGUCCCAACCACAACCAUGUCUCUCGCUGCACACCCAAGCCCAAAUGCCCCCCUCCUCUCCCAUUUUUCUCUCGCAGGCAAAACUGCUCUCGUGACGGGCGGCACUCGGGGAAUUGGUCUCGAAGUAGCCCGUGGUCUCGCGGAAGCAGGCUCUAAAGUCGCCAUUAAAGCCUCUGGACAAACGGUCAAAGCCUACAAAUGUAACGUGACCCAUCAACCAGAAAUCUCAUCUACCAUCGACACCGUCCGAACCGAGCUUGGCAGUGGAGUUCUCGAUAUCGUUGUCGCGAAUGCGGGCAUUGCCACGCAUCAUGCGGGAUUGGACUAUACUCCUGAACAAUUUCAAGAGAUCAUGAAUGUUAAUCUCAACGGAGCUUUCUACACUGCGCAAGCUGCUGGACGAAUAUUCGAGAAGCAGGGAUUUGGAAAUGUAAUUUUCACCGCGAGUGUUAGUGCUAUUCUGGUCAAUAUCCCGCAGAAGCAGGCAGCUUAUAAUGCUAGUAAAGCUGCAGUUGUACAGCUUGCUAGGUGCUUGAGUGUUGAAUGGGUUAAGUUUGCGAGGGUCAAUUGUGUUUCGCCUGGGUAUAUUGCGACGGAUAUGCUUGACAUCCAUCCAAAGGAAUGGAGGGAGAAGUGGUUUGGGAUGAUUCCUGCGGCGAGGUUGUGUGAACCUGCCGAGUUGAAGGGGGCUUAUGUCUUCUUGGCGAGUGAUGCAAGCAGUUACAUGACUGGAGCAAAUUUGGUUAUUGAUGGUGGAUACACACUUCCAUAAGUGAUUGUGAGCGCGAUCGGCAUCUUUAAUUGUCCAGUGGUGAGGGCUUUGAGGAAGGAAUUCAGGUGGGUGAGGUAGAGGCAAGUUAGAGUCGAAAGAAAUUGGGUGUAAACAACGCAUUGAUGAAGUUAUCAAAACAACGGUUUGCCCUAACAGUAAUCCCGAUUCUUACAUUCAUACUCUUUCUUAGUCCUACUGUGGCUCAUUUCAUGUACUUCUUGAGAAGUGGUUGUUGUGAAUCGCAAGG